AUGAAAAGUGCAGCCAAGACUAAGGAUAAAGAAACGCAGACUGACCCUGUAAUUAUCCUCCCAGUAUUUGCGUAUUCAAAUGUAUUUGACUCUCCUCCUACAGCAGCCGUAGCUGACAACGCUUAUGAAAUUAGGAAUUAUAUUUCAUGUCCAACGAAUUACGUCGAUCGUUACAAAACAGCACCAUGGAGAACUAUCUUCCACGUCGAACCAGGAUACAUCGAAGCUGAUUAUCGGGAUGUUGUACAAGAAGAAAAACCGUUGCAACUGUACAAGCCCAUUUACGUAGCAAUUAAAGGAGAUGAAUCGGAAACAUGGGAAGUUGGCGAUGAAUUUGAGUUCAUUCGCGAGAGUUUGUACACCGCAGAUGAGAUCGUGCUUAGACAUUUGCGUACGUUAAAAAAUGUAACUAUAAGCAAAUCAAUCGUCGAACUGGAUGUUGAAACGCCUCUGAGAUUAGGUAUUCGAGACCGUGGCACAGUUGAAUGCUGUCUAUUAAAAUCUAAUGUAGAGUUUUCGUAUUUAAUACGUCGAAGCGAUCUAGAUGAAAAUGUUUUUGUACUGAGCGUUAAUCAGCCGAAAAAGCAGAAAGAUACCCUGUUAUCUCAUUACGUGAUUCGAGUCAAUAAAGAAAACCAACGAUUCUACUUAGAACAAGAACCAAAGUUACGUACUCGAUUUUUUCCGACAUUCAAGAAGAUCAUAAAUGACUCUCAAGUACGAAAAAUGAUACCACUUUCGAAACCUUUAGAUCGUGAUUUGAUCAUAAAUGAAAAUGAAUUAUGGCAAAUAGAUUACAGUCAGUUAAAACUUGAAAAAAAAAUAGGUGAGGGCAAUUUUGGUGAGAUAUUUAAAGGAAUAUGGGAGAGAAAUAAGGACGAGAAACCUGUUGAAAUAGCAGUUAAACGAUUGAUUGUGACGGAUGAAUCGUCAGACGAGUUUGCUCGAGAAGUCCAAAUGAUGAAAUUUCUGCGAAACGAUCAUCUUGUAUCCUUGCUAGGAAUAUCGUUAGAUCCGAUAACAAAUCAAAAGUUAAUGAUAACAGAGUUUAUGCAAGACGGGGAUUUGAAGAAUUGGUUAGAAAGACAAUCGAAAUUGCCCCCAAAUGAAGUUCUAAUUGAUUACUGUUUGAACAUAUGUCGCGGAAUGUCGUAUUUAGAAAAACGACACUACACUCACUGUGAUCUAGCCUGUCGAAAUGUGUUGUUACGCGGAAAACAAGUAAAAAUAGCCGAUUUCGGCAUGACAAGAAUUAUUAAGGAAAAAGAGUAUAAAAUAAAAUCACUUCCAGUUCGUUGGUCAGCACCAGAAGUGUUGGACUCUAGCGGUUCCAAGUUCACAACGAAAUCCGACGUUUUUGCGUUUGGCAUAUGCAUGAUUGAAAUAUGGACGAAAGGAAACCUGCCAUAUGCUACAUUACCAAAUCAUAAAGUCAUCGAUAAAGUGAGACAGGGAGAUAUACACGAACGACCUGAUACCUGUCCACAAGUAUAUUAUGAUGGUAUUAUUAAAAAAUGUUUCCAUUUCGAGCCAGAUGCUCGUCCGUCAUUUCGACGAUUAGUGGUUGUAUUCAAAGCAAUACGUUCAGAUAAAUUUGAAAGUGAAGAUGCCAGUGUUAAAUCAAAUAUGAAUAAAUCAGCUCCUCAGUCUACUCGUUUACCUGAGGCGAUUUAUCCAACUAAUGACUUGCUUUACAAAACGGUAACUAACAAAAAUGAUGCUAAGGAAUCUCAUUAUAUUACAGGAUUAUCUCCAGAAAAUCAACUAGAAUUGAACUACGAACCCUUUGUGUAUGCACCACCACUGCUACCAAGAAACCCAGUAACAUUGAACUAUGCAUCGUCUAACGUAUAUGCACCACCACUGCCACCAAGAAACCCAGUAACAUUGAACGAUGAUAAUCUUAAGUCCUACAGAACCGAUAAAAUCUAUGAUAAGCGACAGACUACUGAGCAAAUGUCCAAUAAACAGUCCAGUUAUGAUCGUGUCGCACGAUCCGACACAAUAAACAAAGAAUUUAAUCCAUAUGUUUCCGCAUUAAGUCUCUCUAAGUCUGUUUUGAAUGGAAAGAAGAGUGGUGAGACAACGAAACGCCUGUUAAAGCGUGAACCAACUGCUCGCGAAUCAACAAAUGAACGGAAAUCAAAUAAGCCAGUGACACCAGAAACUGUUCGAAAAGGACCACGUGGAGUUUGGCUUUGA